GUCAGUGAUAAUCCUCUGUAGGAGUUAUACACACCGUAUAUACUUAUGCUUCUCCUGAGAUUGUCAUCUAGCAUUUGUUUCGAAACCUACAGUUAGUUCUGAACUUCCGUUCAGAAAAUCUGCGAACACGUUGGCUCCUCUGAUCUUGUGGCACCUUGUUAUAUGUUACAAUCAUGCCAAAUCCCGGAAAGAAAGGCUCAAUGCCACGAUGGGGGGACUAUAAUACGCAGCUGCUGCUGUCCCUGGUGAAUCAAGUCCCUCCUCUCCCGACUAAAGACAUACAAAGGGAUUACUUCCCAAACAGAACUCUCCGUGGCAUCGAAGCCAAGUUGCGAUUCGAGAAUGAUAAAGCUGCUGGCCUCCGAACGGGGACCACAACAUCAUCUCGGAAUUCGGAGUCGGCGGGGAAACGAAAGCGACGAUCUCAACCCAAUAUCCGCGAAGUCACUCCCGAAGGGGAAGAUACAGACACUGACAGAGACAGCGGGGAUAUUUCGCCUUCUGGCCGGCGAAGUCCAAUGAGGGGAAGUGCAAAGAAGCAGAGGGACACAUACGGUGAUAACAGUCAAAUAUUGAGACCCGUUAUAAUGGUUGAAAGUUGUACACAUCCUCAGAGUGCGGGAGAAGCGAAUCCGCCUGAUAUUUCCAUCCGACCAUCUGGUAUCUCUGUGAAAGACCCAGUGAUCGGUUCCAGUUUCAAUCCACCAGAACCCUACGCGGCAGACAUUGAGAUCCCAAAUGGUUCAGCAACGGAUGCCCAUGACUCUGCAGUAGCUCCUAUGGCCCGUCUUCCGUCAACGGAACAAGGGAGCCUUCCACGAGAUCCUGUACAACGCCAGUCGGAAGAGAGCCUCAAUACAGCCUCUAUCGACCGCGAUGAUGUUGGAAUAGGCUUCUCUAAUUAUGCUCAGCCGAGGGAGCAGUCACACAAUGCUACACAUCCAACAACUGGAAGUGAUAGGAGUAUGACACCUCAGCAAAUUGGCGAAUUUGAUGGGGAUGACUCCCAGAGGGCCGACUUGACCACUAUAAAAAUCGAACUAGGCCAAUCUAAUACACCCUCUUCUAAAGAUAACCUGGACGUAUCUCAAAAGCUUAUCGAGUCAACGCUUGAUGCUAAAAAGGCACUUGACACUUUCACAAGACUCGCACUCGAUGAGAUUGAUGGGCUCCAGGUAAGGAAUAAGUCGUUAGCAGAAAAGCUUGACAUAUCCCGGAAUGAGAGAGAAAAGGCCGCUCAACGCGAAGUGCAAAUAGAACAGAAAGCCACUGAUUCUAUAAAAACAAGGGAAAAGGAAAUUGAAACGCUCAAGAUGGAGCUCAAGGCGUUAGCAGAGAAGCUUGCGAUAUCUCAGAAUGAGAUCGAAAGAUAUCGAGAACAGGCCGCUAAACGCGGAGAGCAAUUGGAACACAUACAAAAGUGGUGUGCGAUACAGCCGUAAGGUUGUUCACAUAUUACUGCCAGGUUUUUUUCCUGUUUUUCUUUUCCGGUCUCUCCUUUGUUCUUUCUUUCACUAGAUACCUAGUAUUCUGUUUCUAAUUUAAAUCAAGAGUCAAUAGAUACAUCUAAACAUAUUUAAUUAUUGAGAUGAUAGAUAUAUAUGAAUUAUAUACUUGAGGAC